GUGUCAACACCUGUCCGCGGUGGGGAACGCCGCAGCGCCGGCCCGGGGGACACCAGCAGGUCGUCGGAGCGGCCUAGGUUGGGACGACAUCCCGUUUGUACCUCAUGAUUCUGGUAGCGGCAGCCAGGAGCCCUCUCCGGAGUGGGUGCUGAGGAGGUGGUGGUCCACAGGUGGGAGCCCCUUUCCUGGGAAGUGCCUUUCAGUGCCCAGAUUUCAGUUGUACAGAGCCAUGUGAGACAAGGGAUGUUCUUCCAGGCAGCUGAAGCAAGAAAGCACAGGUCCAAAAUCCAUGACCCACAUCAGGACUUUGUGUCUAACAAGUCGGAGGCUCACAACGGCAUUGAGGAGUUGUGAAGGAAGGCCAUGGAUGAUGCAGGUUGCUACCUGAUCACGAGUGCAUGUUAAGCAGUUACGCAUACUGGCCCCUCAUCGCGGGUGGAUCGUCCCUGGGCUUGACCGGCGCCUCGCUGCCGCCUCUGCCAUGGUGAGCGCCGCGCCGCCCGUCCGGCUCUACGCUGCGGCCGCGAAAACUGAAAACAGAAGUUCACAAAAGACCAAGCAGGAAGAGACAAAAAAGAAACGAGUACCCAGGAGGCGGCCACUGAUGACUAAGCCUGUGGAUGAUGUCUACUUGACCUGGCAUUAUGUGCGUCCAUCCUAUGAAGUGGAAGAGGCUGUGGGGAUGCUGAAGAAAUUUCAGGAACUGGACUUCACUUACCCCAAACAGUUUGUCUAUAUUAACGUAUUUCUAGAUAUGGCACUACAGAAGAAGAAAAAAGUGGAACCAUUUACAAGCACUGUUCUUCUUCCAUAUCGCUUUUCAGAUCAAACGAAUAAGGUCUUGGUUUUCACAGAGAAUGCACAAGAAGCUGAAAUAGCUCGAGAGAAUGGAGCUGCUGUUGUGGGAGGAGUUGAAUUAAUCAAAUGGAUUUUGGAAGAUGAAAUCCAAGUGGACUCUUACAUAGCUGUUCCUGAAAUAAUGCCUAAGCUAAUACCAUUGAGGAGCAAACUCAGACGGAAAUACCCAAAUACAAAAAAAAAUUCCCUGGGCCAUGAUAUUCCCAAAAUGCUGCAACUCUACAGAGAUGGUCUUGAGUACGCAGUACAAGACGAGUGUGUAAUCAAGACAAGAAUAGCAAGACUGGAUAUGCCUACUGAACAGAUAAUUGCGAAUCUAAAAACAGUUAUCAAUGAUAUCUGCACAUUCAAGCCAUUGACUUAUGGUCCUUUUGUGCAGAGGUUGGUGAUCAGGUCUUCCACCAGUGAAGGUUUGCUAUUGCACCUUGAUGGACUUCUACCUCAGGUGGAAAAAGUAGAAGAGAAAGUAGAAGAAAAAGAAGAUGCAGAAGGUGAUGAAGAAAAACGUGCUGUGGAAUCUGCUACUACCUGAUGUCUUUACUUGUAGAUCUGAUGGUCAAGAUUGGAAAGCAAAGGGUGUGAUUGAAAUCGUACUUUAUGAAAAGAAAAAAAUAAAUCUAACUUGUGAAUUCCACUUGUAAAGUCUGUGUAACAAGAAACAUUGUCACAAACAGGAGUCUGUUGUCAAGACUGAAGACAUUUAAGUACUUUUUGUUGGUAGCUGAAAACUCCCAGGUUUGUGUAUUGUGGUUUUGUUUUUUUUCUUUGCAGGUAACAGUUUGUACUUUAAUAAAAGUAUUUCUGUAACUUCUGAA